CAUCUCUUUCUUUUGCUUCCGGCUGUCAUUUUAUGCGGUUGCUGCACGUGAAUUUUUUCGCGAAGUAUAUACAAAUUUUAUAAAAAACCAUGGAUAAACCAGUUGUUUGGGCACGCGUCAUGAAAGUCUUGGGCCGUACCGGUUCCCAGGGACAGUGUACACAGGUGAAAGUGGAAUUCAUCGGCGAACAAAACCGUCAAAUUAUCCGCAACGUUAAGGGACCAGUCCGUGAAGGUGAUAUUCUUACCCUGCUCGAAUCUGAACGUGAAGCUAGAAGACUUCGUUGAUUAGUCGGACGUUGGGCGAGAAGCUUGUUUAUCCGUUUUGCGUGAUUUGGUACUACGUGACUUUAAUUAAUCCAAUAGUAAUAACUAACAAGCGGAAUAAUGAAUAAACAAGUUUUUGAAUAGUACAAAA